AUGACAGUGUUAUCAGCACAGUGUUUUUGGUUUAUUUUACUUUUACAACUAAUUGAAUAUUCAAAACCAUGUGCCGAUAUAGUUUUCGUUCUGUAUGGUUCCAAUACCGUUAAGCAGGAAUUCGAGCAAAUGAUUAAUAUGGCGAAUGAUGUGGCAAAGCAAUUUGAUAUCGAAAAAAAAGGACAUCGAGUAGCGAUUUUGGAAUUUAGUAGCAAAGCAAUCCUCUCUAAAUGGUUGCGAUAUCCUUUCGAUCGGAUUAAGACUAAUGAUGAAAUGGAAAAAGUGAUCAAGAAUUUACCUUAUAUUCACGGGACAGCAGAUACCGGGCGAGCACUCGGUGUUGUAAUUCAUGAAUUCCUACCUCAUCGUCGACCUGGCUCGCCAUUUUUGGUAUUUGUAAUCACUAAUGGUUACUACAGAGAUUCGAAAGAAGCGCAACAUAAUGCGGCAAGUCUUAUUGCUAAACCAAAUGUUCAACUUUUUGUUGCAACUGCUUCAAAGCUACAUAACAUGAGAGGCUUAUCACUUCUUGUUAACAAUAACUCAUCACAUAUCCUAACAAAUAUGAAUUCUCAAAUUAUCUCAUUGAGCAUACUAAAACCGUAUAGUGAAUGCUUUGGUUUGAAAACUUCCUUCAUUAAGAAGAAGGUGACUUCAUCACUAACAGCUACCAAUAAUACCUUUACUACCUUAUCUUUUAUCACCACUGCAAUCAAACAUCGAAUAAAUGGACAGAAAAAUCUUAAAAGUGCAAAACUUCUUCAAGAUUUGGGAUCGAAAAAUGAGACUGCUGCUAAAUUUAAUUUUCGAUCAGCUCGUUUUGUUGAUAUACCUGUUAAUAUUGCUACUCCAUCAACAAUAUUUACUACUACGAAUAGAAAUAUUCCAGCAAAAGCCAAUAUCAAAUCAGAUUUGUUCAAGUGUUUGCUGGAUGUUGUAUUUUUGAUGGAUUUUUCCGGGGGAACAUCAGAUAAACGCGACACUUAUAUUGAUUUUGUAUCAACUCUUAUCAGAUCCAUAAAUCUUGAUCAAACAUCUGCACAUGUAGCUGCGAUAUAUUAUUCGGGUCCAAAACGUGCACGUACGCAAUUCCAUUUACGUAAACAUAGUACAACGGAAGAAGCUAUCAAAGAUUUACACCAAACACCAUUAAAUGGUGGUACAACACGUACCGGUGAAGCUAUUUAUUAUGCAAUCAGUGAAUUCGAUGAAAAAUUUGGUGCAAGAAAUGGUGCUAAAAAAAUGAUGAUUAUUUUUACUGAUGGAUAUUCACAGGACGAUACAACUGAAGCAAGUCAAGCAGCUCGUAGCAAAGGUAUCGAGUUGAAAGUGGUAUCUGUGGAAGAUGAGAACAUACCGCCUGAUACGAAACAAAUUAUUGCCAUCACUGGAGAUCCAUCAGAUACAUAUUCCUCCAAAGACUUCAAGAAACUUCAAUCUCUUUUUGAUGAAUAUUCUCGACGAUGCAAACUAUAG